UUGGUUGUUCAUAUCUAAUCAUACAUAUCUUCAUCUUAAUCCCUUUUCUUUUGAUCUUCUCUAUAUAUAUAUAUAUAGAGAGAGAGAGAGAGAGCAAUUCAUCUCUUCAUUUGAUAGCAACUUCUGUUUCUAUUUCAAAUAUUAGGUUACAAUGUGGCCACUGGGUCUUUUUAUUGUGGCAUUUUUUGUAAUGUACAUUGGGAAUUGGGUUUAUAAAUGGAGAAAUCCUCCUUGUAAUGGAACCCUCCCUCCUGGUUCUAUGGGUUUCCCACUCAUUGGAGAGACCAUUCAAUUCUUUAUUCCUAGCAAGUCUUUAGACAUGCCUCCUUUUGUCAAGAACAGAAUUAAGAAAUAUGGGCCAAUGUUCAAAACCAGCUUGGCAGGUAGACCAGUUGUGGUAUCAUCAGAUGCUGAUUUCAAUUAUUUCAUACUUCAACAAGAAGGGAAGUUGGUAGAGUUAUGGUAUCUUGAUUCAUUUGCUGAGCUUCUUGGCCAAAAUGGUUCUCUUAAAGAGGGUUUUAUUGGAUAUAUUCACAAGCACCUAAAGAAAGUAAUUUCAGAGCACUUUGGUCCCGAGAGACUUAAGGGAAAGCUCCUUCCUCAAUUGGAAGAAAUGGUUAACCAUUCCUUGCAGGCUUGGACGAUGCAGGAAUCUGUGGAAGUCAAACAUGAAUGUUCUAAGAUGAUAUUGGAUUUCACUUCAAAGCUGCUAUUUAGUUAUGAUAGUGAAAAACAAGGGAAAAGUCUAAGUGAAACAUUUGCAAGCUUUAUACAAGGCCUGUUUUCUUUUCCUUUGAAUAUACCUGGAACUGCCUUCCACAAGUGCAUGCAGAAUCAAAAGAAAAUCUUGAAAACAAUAAGGAAAACGAUAGAGGAGAGAAGAGCAUGUCCAGGAACAAGAAGAGAAGAUUUCCUUGGUCGUCUAAUAGAAGAAAUGAAAGCAGAGAAUUUGUUGAAUGAUGAUCUUGUUUCUUUUGUUAUCUUUGCACUUCUACUUGCCACCUCUGAAACUGUUCCUUCAACUCUUACUCUGGCCAUUAAGCUACUGACUGAGCAUCCUCUUGUCAUGCAAGAACUAGUGAAGGAAAACGAGGAGAUCAUAUGUAACAGGGAAAAUAAAGAAACUGGAUUAACAUGGAAGGAAUACAAGUCGAUGACUUUCACAAUGCAUGUUAUCAAUGAAGCACUUAGGAUGAGCGGAUCUGUAGGGAUUUUAAGAAGAACAAUUGAAGAUAUUGACAUAAAUGGAUAUACAAUUCCAAAAGGAUGGACAAUUAUGAUAGUUCCAUCUUCUCUUCACUUGAAUCCAGAUAUAUAUAAAGACCCGCUUGCAUUCAAUCCUUGGCGAUGGAAGGAUUUGGGACCAAACGUUCGUGCCAAAAAUUUUAUCCCGUUCGGUGGAGGAAUGAGAUCUUGCGGUGGAGCUGAGUUCAGUAAAGUGUUGGUGGCAGUGUUUCUUCAUGCCUUCGUAACCAAAUAUAGGUUGACCAAUGUGAAGGAAGGGGAAAUUGUUAGAACUCCAAUGUUGGGAUUUGGAAAUGGGCAUUACAUUAAAGUCUCAAAAAAGCCAGAAAUGGAGACAGAAAAUUGAGCGUGUCAAAUGUAAUGUAGAUAGUGCAAAAAUUAGCAAAUACUAAAAUAAAUGUGUGAUUCCAAUUGGUAAUUUUAUUUGUACUGAAAAAUUAAAUCUCUUGUGAAUUAGUGUUUAAUACAAGGACUAUGCAUAUGUACAAGUACAACUAUAAUUAAGAGAAUGGAUGUAUCAUUUAUGGUGUAUAUUAUCAUGGCUGUGUGUUCGACUA